AUGACCAGUAGACAUACUCGGAGCAACGCACAAGGACCAUUGCAUCAGCUCACCAACGAAGAACUAGCGAGAUUAGAACGUCAGAACCGUCAACUGCCUAGACCUACAAACACCAACAUGGGUGAUCAUCAGGAUGAUCUUACUGCUGCAUUUGCACUCAUGCAACAACAGAUGCAGCAGAUGCAGCAAACUAUCCAAGCGAACGCUGCAAACCAACGGAAUGCACCGGAGGAAGUUGAUCAGAUUGGCCAAAGGAAUCUAUUGCGUAAUCUACCUGCUACGCGAUCCGCCAUCAACCCUCCACCGUGCACUAGACAAGACUUUGAGAUCAAGCCCGCCUUGAUAGGUCUGGUGCAGAGGAAGAUCUUCAAUGGACUUCCUGCAGAAAUACCGAUGGACCACAUUGAAAACUUUGAGAAGAUGUGUGGGUUCACUAAGGCGAAUGGAGUACCACCAGAUUACAUCAAGUGUACCUUGUUCCCUUUCUCUCUCGAUGGGAAGGCUGCUCGCUGGCUAGAUUCCCUACCAACUGGAUCGCUCACCACGUGGGAACAAGUCAGAUCCGCUUUCUUGAGCCACUUCUAUACAAAAUCAAAGACGGCAGCUCUGAGACAGAAGAUCACCACCUUUAAACAGCUGGUAGAUGAGCCGUUCUGCGACGCAUGGGAGCGAUUCAACGUCUACCGCAGGGAGUGCCCACAUCACGGUUUCGAAGAAGAUUAUCUACUCGGAGUUUUCUACGAUGGAGUAGGUUGGGAGUACAGGAACGCUUUAAACUCAGCCAGUAAUGGAGAUUUCAUGACCCAAUCUACUCAAGGCGCUUUCGCGUUAAUUGAAAACAUGGCCUCAAGCUCAGCUGACAGCAACCGAGAGACUGAUCGCACCCAAAAGGUGAACAGCAUCGACAAUAACAAAAUAGAUGAGCUCUUUGCCAAGGUCGAUCAGCUGAUUAAGAGUAAUCAGAACCAUGUCUUCAUCAUGGAAGAGUCUCCUCAGGAUAAAGGAACCACAGACACUACAUCAGAAGCGGACCAGGCGACUGAGGACCACCAUGAGGUUAGCUAUGUGAAUGGGCAAGGAUGGCAGUUUAAGAACUAUCACCCGAACCCUAACGUGAGGAACAACCCCCACCUGUUCAACAACCCUAAACCCGAUGGUAAUGCAGAAAAUGCUCAAGGCAAUCAGGUUCAGAACAGUGGCUACCAACGGGGGUAUGGAAAUCAAGGAAGAACCUUCGUCCUCAGCCCAGCUCAGAAUACUCAGUUCCACAACCAGAAACAACCGACUAACCAGCAGCCUGCACAGCCUGCUCAAACUGCUCCACAGGACGAGAUGAAGAGUCUCGCAAAUAUGAUGAGCCAGCUGCUCCAAGGACAGCAGAUUCAAGGAAAAGCACUGAACCAGGUCACAAACGACAUCAAUACCCGAAUGAAUCACAUGUUCAAUGACCUGAGUGCCAAAUAUGAUAAUGUCUCGAGCCAUAUGAGGCAGAUGGAUAUUCAGAUUGCUCAGACUGCUGAGAGUGUGAAGAGACAGCAGGGCACUCUUCCUGGAAAAACAGAUAAAAAUCCCAAGGAGUCUGAAAAGGGGAAGCAGAAGGAAUCAGAACAGCUACCUGUAACCGCACCAGCAGACGAGGAAGAAGAAGAGCUUCCUGCUAAACAUACUCCGGCCACUACAGAGCAGCCUACUGUGGUUGUUCGCCCAGCGGCAGAACCUGUUCCCACCCGUGACUAUGUGCCUAAGGUUCCAUACCCUGUUCCUGCUAAGGCCACACGCAAGGACAAGGAGGAGAUGAAAUGCAGGAAGAUGCUUGAAGACUUAACAGUCAGACUCCCUCUCAUGAGUGCAAUCCAGAUGAUGCCAUCCAUGAGUAGCUUUGUGAAGGGACUAAUUUCUGGAAAGCUAACCGAUGACAGUGAGUUCAUGGUGGUCUCUAAAGAGUGCAGCGCUGUUCUCCAGAACAAAAGGAUCAAGAAGCUGGGUGAUCCUGGAAAAUUUGUCCUUAUCCAUCCAAAUAGGGAGAACAGUCUUCUCGUGUUCGCUAGUCGAUCUGGGAUCAAGCAUCAAUCUCAUGCCAUACUCUGUGGCUAA